AUGAGUGUCGUGCCCCUGGAAAACACCGACAAAGUCGAACUCGAACGGCUGCACGAUCUCGCCGUCCAUCAUGAAUACGCCUCUACCGUCGUGGAGAAGGACCAGAAGGUUCAGCCCAGGGCCGCCGAGAGUCCAGCUCUUCCGACCGAUUCGGACGAGGGGAGCACCUCUCUGGACCAUCAAGACCAAACGGUGUGGACGCUCAAAACCUUUCUUGCCACGCUCGCAUUGGCCGGCCUCUACGUUGGAUCUCAGAUCCCUUUAUACUUCGUUGGAGCAGUGCUGUCAUAUGUGGCUGCCGACAUUGGGGGCGUCGAAGCAUCAUCAUGGCUCUCUGUGGCCUACGCUCUGCCUCUUGCAGCAGUUGCUCCAUUCUGCGGCUACCUACAGGAUCUGCUGGGGCGCCGGAACAUUACACUUGCCGGUGGCGUUAUCAUCAUGAUGGGCUGCGUGAUCGUGGCGACUGCUCACCACUUCCGAGAAGGUAUCGUGGGCAUGGGCUUUGCUGGAGCGGGCGCGGCAAUAGGAGAACUCAGUGCUCUGGCUGGGACAUCCGAGCUAGUGCCUGUCAACAAGCGCGGGACGUAUCUGGCAUUGGUCACCGGUUUCGUCCUUCCCUUUACUCCAUAUGUUAUAUACGCUCAGCUUCUAGCCGCGUAUCACACGUGGCGUUGGGGCCUCUGGAUCUGUUUAAUAUGGAACGGGAUUUGGUGGCUGGUUCUGUUGGUCAUCUACUUCCCCGAGUCGCAGACAAGGGCAAAGGGGAGAAUGUCGACAGAGGCCUUGAAGAAGAUUGACUACAUCGGCGGAAUAACUUCAGUCACAGGCCUGACUCUCAUCUUGGUCGCGCUCGAAGCUGGAGGCUACUCUCACCCCUGGAAGAGCGCAUAUAUCCUUGCUCAGCUUCUGGUGGGGAUUGCAUUGCUCGUUGCAUUCGUUGUCUGGGAGUGGAAAUAUUGCAAAGAGCCGAUGGUCCCGCACGAACUCUUCACCGGGCAGCGCAUAAAACUAACGAACCCUCCGGCAGGCAUGAACUUCUAUGCAAUGAUCAACUUCUUCCCGCUGGUGUACCAGAGGGUCUUUCAGCCGGAUCCCGUCAAAGUCGGGCUCAGAGGUCUGGGUCCGGGGCUAAGCACCACCCUGGGUGCUGUGAUUGCCAAUUCAUCGCUUUCGUGGUUCAGGGGCCACAACAGAGAGAUCCUGCUGGCAGGAUGUGUUAUUAUGACUGCAUUUGGCGGAGCUUUCGCAGCUGUGACGCCGGACCGAGAGGCCCUGGCGAUAGGUCUAGGUAUAUGCACGGGCUUGGGCGUGGGAGCCGUCCUGGUGCCGGCCGCCACUGUCGCCAUCACAGUCGCCCCGGACACAUCGAUCGCGACCUGCGUCGCGCUGUCGAUCACGAUCCGCGCCGUGGGAGGGGGUAUCGGCGCCGCCAUCUACUACAACAUCUUCGUCAACAAGCUCAAGUCCACACUCCCGGCAUACGUCGCCCAGAGCGCCGUCCACGCGGGCCUCCCCGUGGCGGAGGCGGCUGAGUUCGUCGAGCUCUUCGUCGGCGGUGGCGGUGGCGGCGGCAGCGGCGUGUCCCUCGACGUCGCCCAGCUGGUCCAACUCCCCGGCGUGAACGAGCGGAUCAUCGACGCGGCGUCGGUGGCCACCAGAUGGGCGUACGCGGACUGCCUCAAGUACAUCUGGCUGACCAGCAUCGCUUUCGGCGGCUGUGCCAUCAUCGCCUGCCUGUUCCUGGGCAACGUCUCCAAGUACAUGACCAACCGGGUGGCAGCGCGGAUCAGGGAGUGA